UUUUUUUUUUUUUUUUUUUGGGGUUUGCUCCGUAUUAUCUCAUUUCUCCUAAUCCUCACCUUUCUUUCACCUUCCAGACGAAGCAGAGCUCAUUCAUUCUUGUGGAUCAAUCCACCUCCGCCUCUUCCCCUCUAUGUCUGUGUCGGCUUCUGCAGAUCAAAACUCAGAGAUCUGCUGAUGAGGUGGGAAUCUGUGGCGGCGGUGGUCGAAGCUGAUGGGUGGUUGUCUGAUUGGUGAGCUGGGGGCUUCUUGUUAGCUCACUCUUUUGAAUUGAUUGGUUCCUUUGUUUUGGGACUUUUUUUUUUUUUUUGGUGGUGGUUUGUGCUUUUCGGACUGGGUUUUGAUUGAAAUCGGUUAGUGAUGGAGCAAGAAUCGCAAAAGAGGAAGCUUGAGGAGACCGGGUGUGAACCCUCGACCGAUCCUCCUCUCUGCGUGAAUAACUGCGGGUUCUUCGGUAACCCCAACACCAACAACCUCUGCUCCAAAUGCUACAAAGACUAUCUUCUGAAGCAAACGAAGGAGGAAUCGUUUGAUCACAAAGCUGUACUGCAGAAGGUGGGUGUUAAUGAUCAGGCUGUGGAGAAUUCUAACGAAGAAGCCCUGCCGCUGCCACCACCGUCUCAAGAAGAAGUUAAACAAGCAGAGGGGUCCAGCUCUGGGAACCCCGAGAAGAGACCCGCAAACCGUUGCAGUUUCUGCAGUAAACGGGUUGGGCUGACGGGUUUCAAGUGCAGGUGCGGGGACACAUUCUGCUCGAUACACCGGUAUUCGGAUAAGCAUAACUGUGUCUUCAACUAUAAGUCCGCCGGGCGGGAUGCAAUCGCCAAGGCAAAUCCUGUGGUGAAGGCUGAUAAGGUGGAGAAGAUAUGAUAUGGUGGAUGGGAAUUGGGCAGUUAUUGGAAUUUGUGUAUUUGUCUCGAGAUCAUUAUCGUAUGCUAUGUUAAGAGUCAAUAUUUAGUUGGUGCUUUUAGGGAGAAAUAAGCUCGAUUAUGGUGAUUUAUCUCGUGUUUAUGUACAGUUUAGUCGAUUGGUAAGCUAUAUACACAGUAUGGUCUAUUGUAGAACAUUUGAUUUAUCAUUGAUGUGGUACUGAACUUUCAAUAUAUUCGAGUGUCAUGCUUGGUGCAA